AUGCUGCUAAAAGGGCCGGACCAGUUGGUGUCGCUGUUAGGAGUAUUGUGCCGCUUCCGGCAGUUCAAGAUUGCGGUGGGCUCUGACGUGAAGGAAAUGUUCUCGCAGAUUCUGAUGCGUGCGGCUGACAAGCAUUCGCAGCGAAUCCUGUGGCGUUUGGAUCCAAGUCAGGACCCGGAAAUAUUCCUGGUAGAUGUUGCAACGUUUGGGUCGACAUGCUCACCAGCGUCGGCACAAUUCGUGAAAAAUACGAACGCUCGGGAGCACAGUGUUCGAUAUCCCAGAGCAGCGGAAGGAAUACUGCAGAGAACGUACGUGGACGAUUACCUCGAUAGCUUUGGGUCGGAAGAAGAAGCUCUUCGUAUUUCUGAGGAAGUACGUCAGAUUUUCCGCAACGGUGGGUUCGAAUUGAGGAACUGGAUCUCGAACAACGAAGGUGUUCUGGAUCGCCUUGGGGAGACUCAAGCAGCUACCAGUAAAAGCUUGGUAACUACGAGCACCACUACUGAACGUGUGCUCGGAAUGGUGUGGGACCCAGUAACGGACGAACUAUCGUUCAGCACUCGAAUGAGCGAUGAAGUUCAAUAUCUCCUCGAAAAUGACAGAAUCCCAACGAAGAGGCAAGUGUUACGCUGCGUCAUGACUCUGUUCGACCCGUUGGGUUUAUUGGCCACAUUUCUGAUCCACGGCAAGAUUCUGGUGCAGGACUUGUGCAGGUGGAUCAAGAUGAUUUCGUACAUCGCGAACGUUCGCAUUCCUCGCUGCUAUUUCCCAGAAGCGUCAGCACCUUCGUAUGAAGUUACUGAACUUCAUGUCUUCGUAGAUGCCAAUCCGCUUGCGUAUUCCUGUGCGCUGUACCUGAGGACAAUCACCGCUGACGGCACACCCCAGUGCACACUGAUCGCUGUGAAGGCGAAAGUAGCAUCACUCAAUGACUAUACCGAAGCUGGAACUUCAAGGAUGUCUCCUGGGAACAAGAAUGAUGAAGUUCGUGCAAGCCAACCACUCCAUUACCAUCAGAAGACGAAUCCGAGGAACUAUCGACCGUUCGUGGCCAACCGGGUCGGUGAAAUUCUCGAAAAUACAACAGUCGAUGAGUGGAGAUGGGUUCCGUCGGAGUCUAACGCAGCAGAUGAGGCAACAAAGUGGGGAAGUGGACCCUACUUCAGUAGCGACAGCAAGUGGUUCAACGGACCGGAGUUCUUGCACUUCCCGGAACAUGAAUGGCCGCAUUCUACGGAUCUAGUCGUGGAUACGGCCGUAGAACUUCGAUCAUCAGUACUCUUUCACACCACUUGGGAAGCUGUGAUCGCCUACGAGCGGUUCUCCAAAUGGGAGAGGUUGCAGCGUAGUAUGGCUUACGUGCUACGAUUCAUUUUCAACGUAACCAAGAAGGGAGAAAAACGCAGUGGUCGAUUAGCUCAACAGGAGCUGGAUGAUGCCGAAAAUGAAGUUCUGAAGCAGGUCCUAAAAGAAAACUUUGCAGAUGAGGUAACAACGCUGAAGAAUAAUCAAGUACUACCGGAAGACAAGAAGGAAUCGAUUGACAGAUCGAGCAUCGUUUACCAACUGAUGCCAAUGAUGGAUGAACGGGGCUUGAUGCGUCAAAACAGCCGGAUUGCAGCGGCGAAGGAUAUUCAUCACAGCGUGCGCUUUCCAGUAAUCCUGCCAAGAAUGCAUCGCUGCACGGAACUUCUGGUCGCACGCUAUCAUCGGCUCUACCGUCAUGCAAACUCCGAAACGGUAGUGAACGAAGUCCGCCAGCUGUUCAUCAUACCGAAACUGCGAUCGGUGGUAAAGCAGAUCGGACGAAGCUGCCAAUUCUGCAAAAUUCGUAAGGCACUUCCGACUAUUCCUCCGAUGGCACCACUGCCACCAGCACGGUUGGCCAUACACGACCGUCCAUUCAGUUACGUAGGAGUGGACUACUUCGGCCCAUUAUUUGUCUGCCGCCGAGGAUCGCCUGUGGAGUUCUUCAGUGAUAACGCUACGAACAGCCACGGGGCUGAACGACAGCUUCGUGAGCAGAUCAACGAAGGAGUAACAGCAACGUUCACCAGUGCCAACACGAAGUGGACCUUCAUUCCGCCAAGCGCUCCGCACAUGGGCGGUGCAUGGGAGCGACUCGUCCGUUCAGUGAAGGCGGCGAUAGGGGAUGCGUAUCGCGAAGGAAAACUCAACGAUGAAGAGCUGCAGACCGUGAUCGUGAAGGCAGAGGGCAUUGUGAAUACUAGACCACUCACGUACUUACCACUUGAUUCUGCGGAAUCUGAAUCGCUUACUCCGAACCAUUUCCUGCUGGGGAGCUCUAACGGGGUCAAACAGCCAAGCGUAUGUAUCGAGCCUCAACAGGGGGUUUCUCGGGAUUUGUGGAACCACAUCAUGCGGCAGCUCAACCGAUUCUGGCAACGCUGGCUGAAGGAGUACUUGCCGGUGAUGAGGAGGCAGACCAAGUGGUACGAUGAAGCCCGGUGCGUGCAAGAUGGAGACUUGGUGUUGAUAGCGGAUGAGGGCCAGCGGAAUGGCUGGACUCGCGGGAUCGUGAUUGAGUCGAUCAUAGCACCGGAUGGUCACGUGCGCCAGGCUAUGAUCAAGACUGCGGGGGGAGUUCUUCGUCGGCCGGUAUCGAAACUGGUGGUACUCGAUGUUUCAAGUAGCAGUGCGGUCAUUGAGGCCAGUGGACCGCACUCGGGGGAGGAUGUUAGCACAGGGACAUUGACUGAUUGA